AUGGGAUCCUCGACGAUGCCGCCACCGCUAAUGGCUGCAUGCGGUCCGGUUGGUUUCGUAAAGGGCAAUGCGAAGUCGCGAAUCGGCCGGUGUUCAAUUUUGUUGAAUCUGGAAUGCAAAUCAGUGUAUGAUUAUUCCCGGAUUGGCAGUGCUGGAAAACCGAGAAGGGGUUCCAUAGCGGCGCUAAAUCGCACUAGCUCCGGAUUCUCUGCCUGGAUUUCCACAUCCAAAUUUGCUCGUAAUGGCUUCUCUUCUUUAUUUGGGUCUUCGAAGUAUGCCUUUCUGAUUAGACACUUCCAAUGCAAUAUCUCUAAUCGUCCUGGGAAAGUAUUAGGCACUGCUACACAUCAUGCAAAUGAUAUUGUUUCAAAGGAGAAAUCUUCUAUCAAAGAAAGACGAGUUGUUCUGACUGGUAUGGGUGUUGUAUCUCCUCUUGGUCAUGAACCCAAUGAGUUUUAUGGAAACCUACUUGAAGGUGUUAGUGGCAUUAAUGAGAUCGAAGCUUUUGAUUGUUCCCAAUACUCAACA